GCUUACCAGAUUGAAGAGUUGGAUGGGACAGAGUGGAAGGAUUGGGUGUCAGGAACCCGACUCAAGAAAUUUGUAGGCAGAGAAGAGGUCUGACUUUGCGAAGACAGCCAUGCCAAGAGGAGGGAGGGAGAUGCAGCCAUCAAGGAGACCUUCGGGGGAAUCAGGGGGACAUGAGCGACACGGAUCAUACUAGAUGGAGCAUACGCCAGAGUAUGACGAUGGGAACAUAAAGCUCUUUUUGGGCAAUUUUUGGAGCUAUGCGAGUCGCAGGAGGUGCACUGUAACCCGCAUGAUUGAGAGGUUGAGGGUAAGAGGACGCUUCGCAGAGCCCAUUGCGCGGAUCCGUGAGGAGGCGAGGACUUGGCAGGAGGUGGAGCAGGCAAUGCAAAGGCCGAUACCUUCGUCGGUGGGAGUAGACGGGGAGCCAAUCCGCCUCCAGAUUAGGAAUGUGGAGGAGUUUAUCCCAACCUUCGAGCGGUUUAUGCACGGCCAGGGUAUCUUGAGGGACCAAUGGAUGCAAACGCUACCACUGUGGUCGAGAGGAGCAGAGAGACCAUUGGCCCGAGAGAUCCGCGAUGGGGCGCGCGACUGGGAAGGUUGCAGGGCGUACUUGAGGGAGGCCUUUCGGAGGCCAGAGCCAGUGCAACCUCAGCCCAGGGUCGAAAGGCAGCAAAGGAGUAAAAGACAGAGGGAAUCUGAACCUAGGGAGACCGCCCCUAGUCGAGGAGGACGGAAGGCACUGGCACCGCGAGACGAGGAGCCCGACCCACCUGCGCAAGAGCCAGGCAUGUAUCCGGAGUGUGGACUGGGCCUAAUGACUUUCCAGCCUUUCACUGAAGGAAGGCUACAGGAGCCCCCACAACAAGUGUCAGAAGAGGCUGCGCCGACAGGGGGUUCUCUACAGAGCCUGGAAGCACACUUGGACGCCUCGCAGUGGGAGGUGCCUCAGUCCAGUGGAGGCCAGGGAGCCGGGCCCUGCGCCCAGAGAGAACAGCAAGCAGAGGAAGUGAUCGAGAUAGGAGAGGAUACCCCUCCGCAAUGGCAAACCCCGACUCCAGAAAUGGAUGCAGAGCCAAUGGAUGUUCAAGAAGAGGGCGGAGAGCCUCAGCGAGGAGAGACACCACCACUACCUCCAGACGCGACUCAAUCGCCAGAAGUGAGAGUAGAGACAGAGCUGAAAGAGACAGAUUGGAGGAGGGAGGCAGUCUCUAAAGUGGACAGGACGAGCUUCGAUAGGUACUUGAUGUUGGAGGGUGACGUGGCAGGGAAGAAGGUAAAGGAAGAAGGUCAUGGGGUGCGCCUGGAAGCAUUGGAGGCAGAGGUCCAAGACCUCAGGGCAUUAGCAACCUGUCAGACCGCUAUCAUUAAGGACCUGUUGGAGGAAAGGAAAAAGGAGGUGGCGUCCAUGAAGGUAGUGGACCAGACAAAAGGGGCGCUAUACGACACUCAGGAACAGGUGGCUCAUGGACCUGGGCGACCAUCUGAGGCAGGACCUUCCCAGGGGCCAUCCAUUGGAAAGGUCAUCUUGGAACCAGAAGAGGCUAAGGCAAAAAGGGAGGCAGAGAAGGAAGUCUUCGUAUUCAAGGCGCCGACGGAGUUCGCGACCUUACCAGUGAAACCUUUGGGGGCCCCGCCAACAUCCUCGCCACUGCCAGGCCAAGAAGGAUCAUAGGGAGCCGCUAGUGAGCCUGCACAAGGAUCAAUGGAGGGAACCAUGGGUGUGCUUCUAGAGGCACUUAACACCAUGCAGGAGAAAGCAAGCACACCUAUGGCUGAGUUGGGUACUAAGAAUGUAGGCGAGGAGUUGCCAGUAGUGGUAUCAGAAGAAAGGCGGGAAAACAGGCCUCAAAGAUUGGAUACGCCUGAGUAUGUUCCAGAGGUGGGUAAUCUGAGGAGUAGGCUAGGAUCUUGGGCUACUGGAUCCGGUUCUGGGGAGCAUGCCCCUGAGUCAGAGCAACAGAAGGUCGCCAGCACUGUGGUUGGAUCCCCAUCGUCACCUCCGCCGCGGCCAAGAACAAAGAAAUUUAAAAGGA